GUGUAACCGCACUGAACUUAGAUGCACGUCAAAUAUUUUUGGGUGAGAGAAGUGGGACAAAAUAUCGAUAUAUAUAUUUUUUUAGCAUCUGGUGGUAUUACAAGUUAAAUAUUUAGGGGACCAUGCAAAACAGGAAGCUCCCGUUUUGCUGAGCACAACAGGUAAUAAUAAUAAUAGUAAUAAUAAUAAUAUUAACUCCAAGAGCAGGUGCUACACCGUAAAACCCAAAGCCCGGGGAAGUGAAUGAUUAGUUGCACCCCCUGAGCCCCCCAGCCCAAGAUGUGCCGCUAGUCUGUAUUAUAAACCAAACUCUGGCUUUUAUCCCCUGCAGGGGUUUAUUAAGUGGACCGGUUGCCAUAGAGACGUGUUGGCAGGCUAUUGCCGGGAUAAGGCGUAAUGGGUCUCCCGACGCAGUUCGCUCUGCUCCUGUGGAAGAACUUCACUCUCCGGAAGAGACAAAAGGUGCGCUUGGUUGUGGAAAUCGUUUGGCCUCUGUUCCUCUUCUUCAUCCUGGUGUGGGUGCGCUUCACCAACGAGCCGACCAACAAAGGCCAAUGCCACUAUCCGAAUAAAGCCAUGCCAUCGGCCGGGAUGUUGCCUUGGAUUCAAGGUCUAGUAUGCGAGAUCAACAAUCCCUGUCUGAGUCAUCCGACGCCAGGGGAGACGCCGGGACAAGUCAACAACUUUAAUAACUCCAUAAUUUCCAGGGUGCUGAUUGAGCUGCAAAACCUCCUGGUAAACAGAUCCAUCUUCAGCAAGGCGCAACGACUGGCCGAUGACGUCACCCAAUGGGCCUCGGUCUUGUCACCAGCUGACGCUGGCAACGGACAAGCAAUUCAACUGACGACUAUUUUGAAAGAAGGCGAAACCUUCUCGACACACUUGAGAGAGAAUCUGUCAGUGCCGCUACUGGUGGUUGAGAGCCUCAUGGCCGCUAAGCUUUCUGUCAACCCGACAACAGGCGUCCCGACACCCGGUCACCUGUGGAGCGUCUUGUGCAAGGGCGAAGACUUGAACCAGUACAUCCAGUUCGCCAGCCCGUUAGACAGGGAGGCUUUCCAGAACGCAAGCUGCUCCCUGGGCCCUCAGCAGCUCAGUGACACCCAGCGAGUGCUCCUGCAAAACCUGGACCUGAGCAAAGUCUUGGCUCAGCUGCCUACAGCUUUGGAUUUGGAUGCCGUCGGCGUGACGACGCUGCUCACGACGACCACGGCAGACGCCCUCCCCGUUCUCCAGGAGGUGCGCCGUUUGCAGAACUCUGUGAUCCUCGCAGGGUCGCUGGAUUUCCAGAGGGACAUGAUUGGCAGCGUCAAUAUGCUUCUGUGUGGAAAGCAGCUUGACUCCAAUUCCACCAACAUGACCCUCGGCUCCCUGUCGCUCACACGAGUGGUUAGCAACCAGUCAAUCUCCAGCGAGCGCAACACUUCCAGUUCUUUUUGUCAAACCCUCAUUGAGACUCUGGAGGGAACCCCUAGUCUCCGCUACCUCUGGAGCACCUUCAAGUUUGUUUUCCGAGGAAAAAUCCUCUUCACACCCAAUUCCCCAGCUGCACGCCUCAUCGUGAAAGAGGCUAAUAGCACCUUCAGUGCCUUGGCGACGUUAAAAGAAAUUGCCGACACGUGGGACGAACUGGGGCCACGUGUUUGGGAAUUCUUUCAGAACAGCCCGCAGGUCAACACAAUACGGACUUUGCUGGCUAGUCCGGGUUUUGCCGCCGCCCUGGACCAGCGUCUUAACGGCACCGGCUGGACCGCCGCCCUGCUCGCCAACUUCCUGUACAGCGGCCCCCCAGAGGACCGACCUGCCGAGGUACCGCCCCAUGACUGGCGGGACUUUUACAACGCCACCACUCAGAUCCUUCAGCUUCUGUCCGACGUCCUUGGCUGUUUGGACCUGAACAAGUUUGAGGCCACCCCCAGCGAAAACCAGCUGGUGGGCAAAGCACUGGAGCUCCUCAAGAACGACACCUACUGGGCCGGCGUCGUCUUCGUCAACCUGCCGCCAGACGCCAACCGACCCCCUCCUCACGUUCACUACAAGAUCCGCAUGGACAUCGAAGAGGUGGAGCGCACCAACAAAAGGAAGGAACGGUCAUGGUCUCCGGGGGCCCGAGACAACUCUUUUAACGACCUGCGCUAUAUUCGGGGAGGCUUCGCCUACCUGCAGGACAUGAUCGACCACGGCAUCAUACGAACGCACACGUCCGGGACCCAGCCCCUCGGUGUUUUCGCUCAGCAAAUGCCGUACCCUUGCUACGUGGAUGACACCUUCGUCCGAGGCAUCGGAGGAAUCCUCCCCAUGUUCCUGGUCCUGGCCUUCACGUACACCACGUGCAUGACCAUCAAAGGCCUUGUUCUGGAGAAGGAGCUGCGGCUCAAGGAGGUUCUGCGCGCGGUGGGCGUGCGCGACAGCGCCCUUUGGCUGGCCAGGUUCACCGAGAACAUGGUUCUGCUCGCCAUUCCGUGCGCCCUACUUAGUGUCAUGGUCAAGUAUGGCAAAGUGCUGCAGUACAGCGACCCCUCAGUCAUCUUUGUCUUCCUGCUGGUGUUCUGCCUGGCCACCGUCACCCAGUGCUUCUUUAUCAGCGUCUUCUUCUCCAAGGCCAACCUGGCGGCGGCGUGCGGUGGCCUCAUCUACUUUGUCCUCUACCUGCCGCACGGCCUUUGCUACGCCUGGAGGGACGUCAUAGGUUUCGGAGCCAAAGUCGCCGUGAGUUUAUUGUCCUGCGUGGCAUUCGGCUUUGGGUGCGAGAGCUUCUCCAAGUACGAGGAGCAAGGCGUCGGCAUCCAGUGGUCCAACAUUGGCCGGAGUCCCGACGAGGGCGAGCGCUACACCUUCGUCGUGUCCAUCGCCAUGAUGCUGUUCGACGCCGGCCUCUAUUGGACGCUCACUUGGUACAUCGAAAACAUCUUCCCAGGCCAGUAUGGGAUCCCCAGGCCGUGGCACUUCCCGUUCACGGCGUCUUACUGGCGCGGGAGCACCUGCGUGCCUGGCGACCAUUUGCGAAAGGACGACGGCGGCGGCACGCACAACGAAUAUGUGGAGAAAGCCGACCCCCGUCUGAGAGCCGGGGUGUCGGUGCGAAACCUGGUCAAAAUCUACAAGACUGGAAACAAGCCGGCUGUGGACGGGCUGAGCGUGGACUUCUACGAGAACCACAUCAGCUCCUUCCUGGGCCACAACGGAGCCGGGAAAACCACUACCAUGUCAAUUCUGACGGGCCUGUUCCCGCCCACGUCGGGCACCGCCCUCAUCAACGGGUACGACAUCCGCACGGACGUGGACGGCGCCCGGAGGCACCUGGGCAUGUGCCCCCAGCACAACGUCCUCUUCAAUGAGCUGACGGUGGAGGAGCACAUCUACUUCUACGGCCGUCUGAAGGGACUCAGUCGUGCCGAGGUGAAGGCAGAGACGGAGCAGAUGAUCCAGGAUGUCGACCUGCCGCACAAGCGACAAGACCUAGCCAAGAACCUGUCAGGCGGCAUGCAGAGGAAGCUGUCGGUGGCCGUCGCCUUUGUCGGCGGAUCAAAAGUCGUCAUCUUAGACGAGCCCACGGCGGGGGUGGACCCAUACGCCCGCAGGGGGAUCUGGGAGCUACUACUCAAGUACAAACAAGGCCGCACCAUCAUCCUGUCGACGCACCACAUGGACGAGGCGGACAUCUUGGGCGACCGCAUCGCCAUCAUCGCCCACGGCAAGAUGCGAUGCUGCGGCUCAUCGCUGUUCCUGAAGAAACGCUUCGGCACGGGCUACUACCUCACGCUGGUCAAGGAGCAGGAACGUCCUUCAAGGAGGAGCGGCGUACACGACCGCGCCGCCGUCGGGAGUCGAACCGGCAACGGAGUCCAUCCGUCAGAUUUGACAGCAGUGGGUGAGCUGGUGCGGCGCCACAUCCCAGGGGCGCUCUUCUUGGAGCGCAUCGGCCAGGAGCUCACCUACGUCCUGCCCUACGACGGCGCCCGGGACGGCACUUUCUCCCAGCUCUUCCGCGAGCUCGACCUGGUCAGGGUCGACCUGGGCUUGACCAGCUACGGCAUCUCUGACGCCACACUGGAAGAGAUUUUUUUGAAGGUGGCUGAAGACACGGGAGUGGAUGCAGCAGACAUUUCAACGACAAAGCGGAAUAGCGUAUCGGCCGCCACCGUCCAUCCCGAAACGGAACAGGAGCCGAGCGGUGACACGGAAAUGUUUGCCAGUCAAGUGGAAGGUUUACAGAGGGACGCCCGUGUCGGCGGUAGGGGCUCGGCAGUCAUCGGUGGGUGGGAGCUGAUCAGGAGGCAGUUCCUGGCGCUCUUCAUCAAGCGCUUCCACCAUGCCCGGAGGAGCCGCAAGGGACUCAUUUCCCAGGUGGUUUUGCCUGCUGUUUUCGUGUGCCUCUCCCUGAUCUUCUCACUCAUCGUUCCGCCAUUCUCCGAAUAUCCCAGUCUUGAACUGCAACCCUGGAUGUACGGCUUGCCUCAGACCACCUUCUUCAGUAACGAUGCACCGGGAAAUGCAGAGGCAUCUAAGGUGGUGGAAACCCUGUUGAACAAUCCCGGCUUCGGAACGCGUUGCAUGGAUGGCGACCCGAUCCCGGGUCUACCUUGUGUCUCCCACCUCUCCGAUUGGCUCACGCCAUCUGUGGACCAGUCGGUGUCCGACGUUUUCCUGGAGGGCAACUGGAGCAUGUCCAAUCCCUCCCCUUCCUGCCAGUGCAGCACUCCUCAACGCCAAAUCAUGCUGCCCGACUGUCCGCCCGCCGCAGGGGGGCUCCCGCCUCCUCAGAGGAUCCAGAACACAACCGACACGCUCCUGGAUUUAACGGGACGAAAUAUGACCGACUUCCUGGUCAAGACCUUUGAGCAGUCCGGCAAAACCAGGUACGGCGGGAUCUCGGUUGGCGCUGUCAACUCUCAAGUCCGCCUGAGCGAGGCAGAGAUCGAGGCCACGUUCCAGGAUCUGAAAGAUAUCUUCAAUUAUUCCCAGGCCAACGUGACGGACGAGCUCCUCCGCACAGCCGAAACGCUUCUCAAGAAGCUGGGAACUAAACACAAUCUGAAGGUGUGGUUCUACAACAAGGCGUGGCACGGCCUGGUGUCGUUCCUCAACGUGGCCGACAACGCCGUACUGAGGGCGGGCGUGGCGGUGGGCGAAGACCCCCGGCGUUACGGCAUCUCGGCAUCCAGUCACCCCCUCAACCUGACCAAGGAGCAGCUCUCCUUCGUGGCCUUGGCCACGACCUCCACAGACUUGGUGGUGUCCAUCUGCGUCAUCUUCGCCAUGUCCUUCAUCCCCGCCAGCUUCGUCCUCUUCCUCAUCCAAGAGCGGGUGAGCAAAGCCAAGCACCUGCAGUUCGUCAGCGGCGUCAACCCGGCCGUCUACUGGUUGGCCAAUUUGGCCUGGGACAUGUGCAACUACGCCGUCCCGUGCAUCAUCGUCGUCGUCAUCUUCCUCUGCUUCCAACAAGAGGCCUACGUGUCUGCACCCAACCUGCCCGCUCUGGUUCUGCUGCUGGUCUUCUACGGGUGGUCCAUCACGCCCACGAUGUACCCGGCGUCGUUCGUGUUCAGCGUGCCCAGCACCGCCUACGUGGUGCUCACCUGCGUCAACCUCUUCAUCGGCAUCAACGGCAGCGUGGCCACCUUCGUCAUGGAGCUUUUGGAUGACGACAGUGUGUCGUACAUCAACGACAUCGUGAAACAAGUGCUCCUCAUAUUCCCGCACUUCUGUCUUGGCCGAGGACUGAUUGACAUGGCUAAGAACCAGGCCACGGCCAACCUCUUCAGCAGCUUUGGCGUGGAUCGCUUCAAGGAGCCGCUUAGCUGGGAGAUGGUCGGAAAGAACCUCUGCGCCAUGGCCAUCCAAGGAGCUGUCAUGUUUGCCAUCACCCUUCUCAUACAGUACAAGUUCUUCUGUAAACCCAGGUUUAUUUCGGCUAAGUCGUACUCCGUGGAGGAAGAGGAUGUGGACGUGGCUCGCGAACGGAAGCGGGUGUACGCGGGGAAGGCCCAGAACGACCUUUUGAGGAUCUACGAUCUGACGAAGGUGUAUCCAGGGAAGCGCACCCCCGCUGUGGACCGGCUAUGUGUGGGCGUACCUGUGGCGGAGUGCUUCGGCUUGCUGGGAAUCAACGGGGCAGGGAAGACCACCACCUUUAAGAUGCUGACUGGAGACAUCCCCGUUUCCAGCGGCGAGGCCUUCCUCAACGGACACAGCAUAAGAACCGAAAUGCGGGACGUGCACCAGAACAUGGGCUAUUGCCCCCAGUUCGACGCCAUCAACGACCUGCUGACGGGCCGAGAGCAUCUGGAGUUCUACGCCAGGCUGCGAGGGGUUCCGGAAAAGGAGGUCGCCACGGUGGCUGAGUGGGGCGUCCAGAAACUGGGCCUGGUCAAGUACGCCGCCAAGCCGGCGGGCACCUACAGCGGUGGCAACAAGCGCAAACUUUCCACCGCCAUCGCCUUGAUCGGCUGCCCUCCCCUCGUCUUCCUGGAUGAGCCGACCACUGGCAUGGACCCCAAAGCCCGGCGCUUCUUGUGGGACUGCAUCCUGAGCGUGGUCAAGGAAGGACGCUCUGUCGUUCUCACCUCACACAGUAUGGAGGAGUGCGAAGCGCUGUGCACCCGCAUGGCCAUCAUGGUGAACGGACACUUCAAAUGUCUUGGCAGCAUCCAGCAUCUUAAGAGCAGGUUCGGCGACGGCUACACGGUGAUGGUCCGCGUGGGGGGCCGCCCCGCGCUCUUGAAGCCCGUCGAGGACUUUGUGGAGCGGACGUUCCCGGGGAGCGUCCUGAAGGAGAAACACCACAACACGCUGCAGUACCAGCUGCCAGGCCGCCAGGGGGCGCUGGCGCACAUCUUCCGACACUUCGCCGAGCAGCAGGAGAAGCUCGGCGUGGACGACUACUCCGUGUCCCAGACCACCCUGGACCAGGUGUUUGUGAAUUUUGCGAGGCGGCAGCACAGCGAGGACGACUCUCAGAGCUACGACAACCUGGUGGACAUCUCCGAUGAACUACCGAUGCAGUCCACCCAGACCUCCCCAGGGUCCUCGAAGGUCUAGCAUCCUGCAAAAUGAAAAGCCUUACACAUUGCACUGAACUAUGGAUCAGCCAUAUUAUUUAUUUUUAGAUACAAAUCUCUACUGCACUUAUUGUCCAUCUUAAAUAUGAUUGCAUGCUGACU